AUGGAAACGUUCUUCAUCGCGGAGCGUUCUUUCUUCUUUAAUCCCGCAGCAACAAAAGGUAAGGGCGUCAAAACAGCAGCGAAAUCGGGGAAAUCGGGUUUCCAGAAUGCCCGUGCAGAAGGGCCAGUGCCGAAGAAGCAACGCCGUCCCAAGGAAAAGGAUGACGAAAUUGAAAGUGAUGAUGAGGAGUACAACAGUGACCUGGGAGACGGAGGCCACAACACUUUAGCCUUCUCUUCCGACGAGGGCGAGGAGGAGACUGCUCAAGACAAACGUCUGCGUCUGGCCAAGCAGUAUCUAUCGGAGAUUGAGAAGCAGGAGUCGGAGCGUGCCGAAGAUCGGGAGCUGGGCCAGAGUGUUGAGCAGCGCCUACAGACUGACUACUUGGAUAGCGUGGGUAAACUGCGACGGAACAUUGCCGGCAACCUGAAAACCAAUGAAGUGACAAGUGUUCUCAAACACAAGCUCCACCACAUGCCAAUCUGUGCACUGGCUCUCAGUCCAGACGGCAAAUUCCUCUAUGCGGGAGCCAAGUCUCAGUUCGUCCUGAAAUGGUCCACGCAGAAUGGAAAGGUCUUGGACAAAUGCGAUGUUUUGCCACACCGAGAAGAGCCCGAAACUGGCAAGAAGAGACGCUCCCAUGUCAUAGCCAUCUGCCUGUCCACGGACAUGAAGUACAUGGCUCUGGCCGAGGGAGGUCCUCAUAUACAAAUCUGGUGCCCACAAACGAUGAAGCAUGUAAAGACACUGAAGGGUCACAGAGAUAGCAUUUCAGGCCUGGUCUUUCGAAAAGGAACGCACGACUUGUACUCCGCAGCUAAGGAUCGUUCUGUGAAGAUUUGGUCGCUGGACGAGAUGGCCUAUGUGGAGAGUUUAUUUGGUCAUCAAACAGGAGUCACCAGCAUAGAUGCCCUGAGUCGAGAGCGAGCCAUUACCGCAGGCGGUUCAGAUUGUUCCUUGCGCAUUUGGAAGAUUACAGAAGAAUCGCAGCUGAUCUACAAUGGACACAAGGACAGCAUUGAGUGUGUCAAGUUAAUGAACGAUGAACACUUUGUGUCAGGUGGUGUGGAUGGUGCUAUCAGCUUGUGGAGCGCCCUAAAGAAGAAACCCAUUUGCACCACACAGCUGGCCCAUGGUGUAGGAGAAAACGGCGUCGCCAACUGGAUAACAGCAAUUGCUGUGGUGGUCAAUACGGAUUUAGUGGCAACAGGCUCCUGUGAUGGCUUUGUGAAACUCUGGCAAACGAAUCCAAAUGCCCGCAAGUUGCAACAGUUUCAAACCAUACCCAUAACUGGCUUCAUUAAUGGCCUUACCUUUAAUGCCGAUGGCACUAAACUUUAUGUGGGCGUCGGGCAGGAGCAUCGACUGUGUCGUUGGUGGCGACACAAAGAGGCCAAGAAUAAUAUAGUUGUAGUUGAUAUAGUGUUACAAAAUGCGACCGGCAAGUAGGUUAACUUCUAUCAAAGACUAUACAAUACCAA